AUGGUCAAUAUUGUAGGCUGGUGGCCCGGGACAGUUGUGGGUGGUAGUGGACUUACGGUUCCAUCACCUGGGCGCCCAGUGUUGGAGCCCGGGCCAAAGGAACACGGUUACCGAAGGCUAGAGAGGCUGAUUCAAGUGGAACUAGCCGACAUCGCGAACAAUUCAUUGCAUCUACGACCAGAAUUUUCGGGGAAGCGUCACAAAGGAUACAAGCUCCGUGCCUUUCAGGCAGGGUUUUCCGACGAAUAUAGGCCAGAGCGUAGGUCAUACUGGGGAUAA